AUGCUCGGUGCUGUUCCUGACCGAUAUGGCUACUCCGGGGGAGAGAUUGGGCAUGAUAUCUACUUCUCCAUGGCCAGAGGGAAUGCCACUCAGCCUGCCAUGGAGAUGACCAAGUGGUUUGACACAAACUAGUAAGCGGUUUCUUUCCCCGAUCAUCACUCGAUUACGGUUUCUGUUUUUUCCCUCUGCGAAUGAAUCAACCUGAAUUAUGCCUGUGAUGCAGCCAUUUCAUCGUUCCCGAGCUCUCUCCGAGCAUGAAAUUCUCUUAUGGCUCGCGCAAGGCUGUCUCAGAGUACAAGGAGGCCAAGGCGGUAUGCCACCAUUCUUCCCUGCAACAUAUGAACUGGUAAUCCGCAUUGCUGUUUUUGGUUUCCAGGCUUGGCAUCCAGACCUACCUCCGAAGAACACCAUUUACGCCCAAUAGUACCCCUCCUCCAACCUUACUUCUGAUACGAUCAUUCAGAACUCUGAGAUAGAAAAUCUUGAGAUCCUGUUUCUUAAAAGAAAAAUAAAAAAAAGAAAAAAAAGAAAAAAAAGGAGAAAACGGCUGUAGGAACAUGAAAUGCAGUGAUCAUUGAAACCUCACCGCUGCUGUUGAAUUGAUCUUUGUUCAUGCGUUGUGAAUUUCCUUCCCUCUGUUGAAUUGGUACAGAUUGUGACUUCGUCAGUUGAUCUUACUCUGCAAAUAUAUUUUUUGGUUUGCUCUUGUUUUGAUGCAGAUUGGAAUUGACACAGUUCCUGUUCUGAUUGGGCCCGUGUCCUACUUACUGCUCUCCAAACCUGCAAAGGGGGUGGAGAAGUCCUUCACGACUCUCUCUUUGCUUGGCCAAAUUCUCCCCAUCUACAAGUAAAAUUCUAACCAACAAUGAAUUUAUCUCAGGAAUUCAGACUUUUAUAAUCGUAAUUUUUUUCAUGAUCCUGCUCACAUGUGACAUCGAUGAGUGAGAAAUCAACAGGGAAGUGAUCGCCGAACUCAAGGAGGCAGGAGCUUCAUGGAUCCAGUUUGACGAACCUACCCUUGUAUUGGAUCUCAGCUCCCACCAGCUGGAAGCCUUCUCGUAUGCCUAUUCUGAAUUGGAAUCCUCACUAUCCAGUCUGAAUGCAGUCAUCCAGACUUAUUUUGCUGAUGUUCCUGCCGAAGCAUACAAGUUAGUCGGCCAUCCUCCUCCUCUGGCAUCUUUCUCAUCCGAGAGUAUUCCUCACUAUCUCUCUUUCCUGUGCUUCCCAUCAGGACUGUCACAGCUCUGAGCAGCAUUUCUGGAUUUGGGUUUGACCUUGUUCGGGGAAGUCAAACGCUGGAAUUGAUUAAGAGCUACUUCCCUGCUGGCAAGUACCUGUUUGCCGGGGUUGUGGAUGGAAGGAACAUCUGGGCUAAUGAUAUUGCUUCAUCGCUCUGCACCCUGCAGGCUCUUGAGGCCAUUGUGGGCCGAGGUGGGUCUUUUCCCUGGUCAAAAUCCUCUUCCUCCCCAGGCCCGGGCUAUCCUGAACUCCUUUGCCAUUUUAUGUCAGACAAGCUUGUCGUCUCCACCUCCUGCUCGCUUCUCCACACUGCGGUUGACUUGGCGAACGAGUCUCAGCUGGACGAUGAAAUCAAGUCGUGGCUGGCCUUUGCUGCCCAGAAGAUUGUGGAAGUCAACACCUUGGCCAGGGCGCUGGCUGGGCAGAAGGAUGAGGUGCACAUUCAUCGCAGCUAUGUUCAUACCUCCCAAGAAAAAUAAACCAGUAUCAACCCUAGUGACCUCCAUUGUUUCCUCGAUCUAGCAAUACUUUGCAGCCAAUGCUGCCGCCCUGGCGUCGAGGAGGGCAUCUCCUAGAGUGAUCGAUGAGGAAGUCCGGAAGGCUGUCAGUGUUCAUAAUGAGGACUCUUUCCCAGCCAGCCCUCUUCAGGCCGGUGACGAUCUUCCUUCUCUCACCAGUCUUUCUUUGGCGUUGACUUUUCAGGUGGCUGGGCUCAAGGGUUCUGACCACCGCAGGGCUAUGAGUGUCGGCGCCAGAUUAGAAGAGCAGCAGAAGAAGCUGAGCCUGCCGGUUCUUCCCACCACCACCAUCGGUUCCUUCCCCCAGACAGUGGAGCUCCGGAGGAUCCGCCGUGAGUACAAGGCCAACAAGUAAGCUUCCUGGCCCCAGUCAGCGAAAGUCAACCCCGAUUCCGACGAUCUCAGCUCCACUGGUAUGUACUUCAUAUGGGAUCUGUUUAUCUACUCACAGGAUCUCUGAGGAGGAAUACGAGAGGGCCCUCAAGGAGGAGAUGCAGAAAGUUGUCAGUCUCCAGGAGGAGCUCGACAUUGACGUCUUGGUCCAUGGCGAACCUGAGGUACCGAUCCGUAUCAGGCACUGCCUGUUCAUAGUAAUUCUUCCUUAUACCAGGAAGCAGAAGGUUUCAUCCUUGUGGAUUCAAAGAUUUGAAUGGGCAUCAUCUCUCUCCAAGAUCAGAUUGUGGGGAAAUCCAGGUAGGAGAUGGUUAGUUCUGAUCUUCUGAUCCGUGGUGUUGCAGAGGAACGACAUGGUGGAGUACUUUGGGGAGCAGCUGUCGGGGUUCGCCCUGUUGGUCAACGGCUGGGUGCAGUCCUACGGGUCCCGCUGCGUCAAGCCGCCAAUCAUCUUCGGCGACGUAGGCCGCCCCCGGCCCAUGACGGUCUCCUGGUCAACGGCAGCUCAGGGCAUGACGGCUCGCCCCAUGAAGGGCAUGCUGACGGGGCCCGUCACGCUGCUCAACUGGUCCUUUGUCAGGGACGACCAGCCCAGGUGGGAAGAAGCAGGAAGAAAAUGGCGGCACCGCCGCCCUCCUCCCCUUCGUCCUCAUCUGAAGGCUGAUCCCGAGCUCGCCUCCCGCAGAUCCGAGACUUGCUACCAGAUCGCCCUGGCCAUCAAGAAGGAGGUGGAGGAUCUCGAAGCCGCUGGGAUCCAGGUUUCUUGGAUUCUCUCUCCUCCUCCUGCUUCUUCUUCUCACUCCUCACGGUUCUACCUGGUUCUGCAACUUCUUCGUCAUCUUCUUCAGCAUCGUCUUCUCUCUCUCUCUCUCGGUUCGCAGGUCAUCCAGAUUGACGAGGCUGCCCUACGAGAGGGGCUUCCUCUGAGGAAAUCCGACCAGCCCUCCUACCUCGCCUGGGCCGUCCACGCCUUCCGGAUCACCAACUGCGCCGUCAAGGACUCCACUCAGGUGCUCGCUCCUCUUUCACGACCGUCAUCGUCAUACGUCUUCGUUCUUCUUGUUCAUCGGCAUCGUCUGGUUUUGUGGGGCAGAUCCACACGCACAUGUGUUACUCGAACUUCAACGAGAUUAUCCCCUCGAUCAUGGAGAUGGACGCCGACGUGGUCACCAUCGAGAACUCCCGCUCUGACGAGAAGCUGCUGGCGGCGUUCGGCGGAGGCGGCGCCGUCAAGUACGGCGGCGGCAUCGGCCCGGGAGUGUACGAUGUCCAUUCUCCGAGGGUGCCGGAGGCAGCGGAGAUUGUCGGCAGGAUCGGGAAGAUGGCGGGGUUGCUGGACUGGCGGCUGCUCUGGGUGAACCCCGACUGCGGCCUCAAGACCCGCCGGUACUCCGAAGUCCGCCCUGCGCUCGCCAACAUGGUCGCCGCCGCCAAGCUUCUCCGCGUUGACCUUGCCGCCGCCAGCUGA